AUGUUGAGAAAAGAGAUGAUUGUCGAGGUUUCAAUCAUUCUUGUGGUGGGAGUCGCCAUUGGUGUUGUGUCUACAGUUCAUCGAAACCACAAUGAUAAUGAAACAUUAUCUCCACAAAUGAAGGCAGUGUCUAACUUUUUCUCAUUUACUCAUUAUCGAGAAUCUUACCAUAAGACUCUCAGCUCUGUUAAUAGCACUGAUCCUAAAGAGUUCAUUUCAAAGGCUAUAUUGGCAGCUGAGGAAGCAGUCAAGAAGUUUUUCAACUAUUCUGAUUCCCUAAUAGUUCAAGUUAAGAAUAACAACCUUACAAAGAUGGCCUUAAAUGAUUGUAAGGAUAUGAUGGACUAUGCCAUUGAUUCACUUCAACCAUCGUACUCUGACGUUGGUGAUAGUGAAUUGCGCAACAUUAAUGAUCACAAAAAUGAUCUUAGAACUUGGUUGAAUGUUGUUAUAUCAUACCAACAAUCAUGCUUGGAUGGUUUCGAAUACGAUAACAACAUGAAAGAAACCAUGCAAAAGGGUAUUAUCGAUGCUCAUGAACUCACAGGUAAUGCCUUGAAAAUAGUGACAAAGUUGUCGGAUAUUCUUUCCAAAUUUGGCAUCCAAUUAAAUAAUACUAACUCUCGUAGACUUCAUUCCGUUGAGAAGAAUGUAUAUCCCUCACGGUUCUCAGCUAAAGACCACCACCUUUUGGCUAGGAUUGAUAAUAGCAACUUAAAGCCAAAUGUUGUUGUGGCUAAGGAUGGCAAUGGCCAAUUCAAAACCAUUGGUGCAGCCUUAGCUGCUGCUCCAAAGAACUCCAACAUUCAACAUGUGAUUUAUAUCAAGGCUGGAAUCUAUGAUGAGUAUACCACCGUAGACAAACAAUACACCAACAUCAUGAUGUAUGGUGAUGGUCCAAGAAAAACUAUUGUCACUAGUUGCAAGGGUGUCAAAAAUGGUGGCGGAAUUACCACUUGGCAAACUGCCACUUUUUCUGCUAUUGGGAACGGGUUCAUUGCCAAAUCCAUGGGAUUCCAGAACACCGCUGGUCCUGAAAAGCACCAGGCAGUGGCUCUUCGCAUUCAAUUAGAUAAGUCAGCCUUCUUCAAUUGCAGGAUAGAUGCCUACCAAGACACCUUGUACAAUCAAGCAAAUCGUCAGUUCUUUUGCAAUUGUGUCAUCUCUGGAACCAUUGACUUCAUCUUCGGUGACUCUCCUACUGUUAUCCAGAACUCAUUGAUCAUUGUAAGGAGGCCAAUGGAUAAUCAAUUCAACACAGUGACAGCACAAGGCAAGGACUUCAUUGAUGAGAACACUGGUACUAUAAUCCAAAACUGCAAGAUCGUCCCUGAGCAAAAGCUCUUCAAUGACAGGUUCAAAAUAGCAACAUACUUGGGUAGGCCGUGGAAGAAAUUUUCUACAACUAUUAUCAUGGAAUCUACAUUAGGUGACUUCAUUAAGCCUGAAGGGUGGAUGCUUUUUGAAGGACUUGACAAAGUCAAUUAUGAAGAAACUCUUUACUAUGCUGAGUACAAAAAUCGUGGCCCUGGUGCUAACCUCAAUGCAAGGGUUAAUUAG